CUCCUCCGAUCAAGAUGGCCAUUCAUCCGCUGUCCCGGUCCCAAGUUCUACCCGGUCCCACUGCGCCAUCGAUGCCUCUCCCGCCGGGUGGUUGUCCGAUCUGCAAUGAAAGCUGAGGAGUCGAGCGCACGAAAGCGCCUGCGCUUGUCACACAGCUGCUGGCAGCAGCCACCUGUCCACCUUGGCCCCGGGAUGGAAAGCCCUUCUGCACAAUCUUCAAUGGAUUCCACCAGUGCCACCGGAAAUACCUUCUUCGACCUUUCUCGGUCGGAGAUCCACUAUUCAGAUCAAACACCAAAUCCGGCUCCGGUCACCAUCAAGUCCGAGCCGCCAUCCAGCUCCCCCGGGGCCGGACACGGUGGUUCCAUCAUGCGAUCCGACCCAAAUCCCCUCAGUCCGCAUUUCGACGAGCCUCCACACCCCCAGGCCGAGAUUAAGACCGAGGCACCUGCUCCGCCAGUCAAGCGUGGUCGUGGCCGACCGAAGGGCUCGGUCCGGGCCUUUACCCCGGCCGAUGCCGAGGCCCAGCUCCUGCGCCGGGCCGGCUUGUCGAUUUACACCCACGCGGGGGAGCGCCUGCGCAGUGCGCGGGCCAUGCGUGAGUACCUGGAACACGCCCCCUGGGACGCUCGGGCGCGGGCCCAAACCCGAGUGUAUCUGGCCCGCACGGCGGCCGAAAAUCUCUACCCAAAGCGCCCGAGUGGCUUGCAGAUCCGCAUUGACCUGGCGGUGGCAGCCGGAGAUGCGCAAGCAGCUGUCCAGGCAACUCGGGCCCUUGCCCGGCUUUCCCGGAGCUCAGCCGAAAAGGAAAAGGCCGCCGUCGAGGAGACUAACCGGCGAGUGGCGGAGUUUGACCGCCAUGCUCUGGCGCAGGCCCAGUCCCGGGGCAUUUCCGAGGCCGCAUACCUUCGAGAACUGGCCCGAGCCAAGGAGCUCCUGCAGGAUGCCCCCCCAGCACCGACCACUGUCGAGGUGGUGGCCUUGGUGGAGGCCUCAAAGCAGGCCUCACAGGCGGGAGCCACAACCACGGUUUUGGUGGCCGGCAGCAGCAGCCCCACGUCUCGAGAGCGGGCACUCCGCUUCCGGCCUUGCUUGGACCUCCGCUGGUUGCAUCUUCUUCGACAGCUGAGCGCCGGGACGGGCGCAUCAGCACCCCGCGAGCUGAUUGGAGCCAUGCUUUGGCCUGCUCGGCGGAAGUCCCCUCGUCCUGGGGUCCUGUUCGGGGGAGCUGUGGCCCUUUCCCACCCCCGGCAGUUGCCCUUUCUCCGGCGGAAUGCACGUCUUGUCUGUCGCCGACGUGGGAUACCCUUUAUCUGUGAGGAGGAGGAUGAAUAGAGCAAAAUGUGCAAAA